AUGAGCUUCCAGGCCCCACCCACACUCCUGACCCUGGGGCUGCAGAGCCUGCUGAGAGACCAGGCCUUGGCCAUCUCUGCUCUGAAGGAGCUGCCCGGGGAGCUCUUCCCACCACUGAUGAAGGCAGUCGUGGCUGGCAGACACCUGACGAUACUGCAGGCCAUGGUGGCUGCCUGGCCCUUUCCCUGCCUCCCCAUGGGAGCCCUGGUGAAAUUCCCUGAUGUGACAACAUUGCAAGCUGUCCUGGCUGGUGUAGACAUGCAGCUGACAGGAAUCUUUCGCCAGAGGAAGAGGAAGCUUCAAGUGCUGGACCUGAGCAAUGUGCACCAUGAUUUCUGGGAUGUAUGGGCAGGCACAGAGGAUGGAGCCCGCUCAGCAGAGAUGGUGCGGGAGAAGCAAAGAGGAACAGGCCUUCAUAGAUAUGCACUGAGGCGGCGUUUGAAGGUGGUCACCAACCUGUGCUUUGGGCUCUGUCUGGAUGAACACCAUGAAUACUUGUUGCAGUGGGCACAAGAGAGAAGAGGUUCCCUGCAGCUAUAUUGCAGGAAAAUGCACAUUUCACCUUUAUCCAUGUACACUGUGAGGAAGGUCUUGAAGAUUUUCCAACCAGAAUGCAUUGAGGAGUUGGUACUGAAUGGAGGCUGGACUCUGCCCACACUGACAUCUUUUGCACCUUGCCUUGGUCAGAUGAGAAAUCUUCGCAAAUUCUUUCUAACAAUAAUGCAUGACGACCGCUCCGACCCUGAUAAUACACUAACAGAUGCACAGAGGAAGAAAGUCACCAAGUUCAAGUCUCAGUUCUCCAAGCUCAACUGUCUCCAGCAUCUCUCCAUGUCUGGUGUCUACUUUCUCAGUGGCCACAUGAAGCAGCUACUCUGGUGCCUGAAGACCCCCUUGGAGUUCCUGUCCAUCAGCUUCUGCAGCUUCUCACAGGCAGACUUGGAGUCUUUUGCCCAGUGUCACCGUCUCCAUCAUCUCAAACAUCUGCAAUUGGGAGGUGUCAUUUUAUCUGAGCUGAGUCUUGUGUCUCUCAGAAUUUUCCUAGAGAAUGUCCCAGACACUCUGCAGAUCCUGGAAUUGGAGGGUUGUAGGAUGAAGGACUCUCAGAUCAGUUCUCUCUUCCCUGCCUUGAGCCAGUGCUCUCAGCUCACCAGGGUCAAUUUCUAUGACAAUGACUUCUCCAUGGCUGUCCUGAAGGACCUUCUGUAUCACACUGCCAACCUAAGCCACAUGGCCCAGGGGUUCUACCCUGCCCCUCUUGAGUGCUAUGUGAUGGGACAGGCCACCUUCGAGAGAUUUAACCAGCUUUGUUCUGAGCUCAGGAACACACUUUGCACUGUCAGGCAACACCGGUCCAUCUCCAUUGCUACUCAGUUAUGCCUUGUACAUUGUCCUCACUGUGACUCCACCCGAUGGACCAGAUUUUACCAUUCUUGGCAGUAA